GCGGAUACGAGUGAAGUCUGGGUUUCAAGGGGCGACAACGCACAACCGGAGCUGUGUCUACUUGUAGGUCGUUGUUUACCGAAUCCAAGUUUUGUUGUGUUAUGAGGGCCUAGCCAAGAUGAUAGUUGCCGUGGAAAUAGAAAAGCGGAACACCACGUAUCAAUACGACAAACAUUAUCACGCCGGAACACCCGCUUCCCCCCUUGCGACGCAAAACUCGACCUCCGAGUCCUGUCCUAGUUCACCCGAGGAACACCUACACUCCGACCCUGUGGGGUACGGCUCGAUUUGAUGAUACCGCAUUCUUUCGCCGUGUAGCCGGUAAUUCCAUUUUGAAUUCUGCGACUCCUCAGUUCUGUCCACCAGACCCCUCACCCACUGUGGGACCGUUAGACCGAAACGUCCCCCGGUGCAAAAAGACACCCCCGCAAAGAAGACAGAGUUUCCGCGGCUACCCAGGGAGAUCUGGGUGACGCAGCAAUCCCCGUCGAAGAGAUAAAGGUGGAAAUGUGGCAGAUAUAUGGGGGGUAUCUCCCAUGCGUGACACGCGCCUCUGAAAUUGUGGAGACCAGAAAGUGGGUGGGAAGGGUAAAACAGAGAAUUGUUCUCUUCAAGCGAGCAGACACAAAGUUUACCCACGUGGGCGCGAGAGAGGGGAAAUUGGGCGAGACCGCUGUGGCGGUUAAGGUUUCAGACCCGUACGAGGAGCGGGGGAUGCGGGACUGGUUGCUGAAAGGACUGCGAGUUGGGGCUAAGCACCGGAGAUCCACAUGCUUGUGAGACGCCCUUCUUUGUUACUGUACUUGUUUCACUUGCAGCGGGCUUAUUCCUUUGCGAGGAAGCUUAGUUGUGCACUAAGUAGAGUGAACGGAUUGGGUACGCAUUCAUGUGAAUCUCGCUUCUGUCGUUUAAACGAUCGCUCUCCGGAUAACCGGUAAGACCGAGAUAGGUCACCCCGAGUCUCCGGGUUGCGGUGACGUUGACUGCCACGAGUAACACUGUGAGCAAAACGACCAUACACACGAACUGGCGAAUCUCUUUCCCCGUUCUUUCCAUUUAAUGCGCAGUGUCUUCCCUAUUACGUUUGCCGUUGUCCUUAUAAUCCCGCCUUCUGUCCGUGUUAAGAAGGUUGCCGCGAGGAGACGUGCGAGCGAGGCUAUGUGGGAUAAAACGUGAGACCGUUUCUCUAGUUCUUCUGUCUGAUUGGUUUCCUAUUCGCCUGCCUAGGUGCCGAACCUCACUGGCUCUUCUCCUGAAAAAUGUUCUGUGUUGCUCUUCCUUUUUCUCAUGGCGCCAAGAGAAGCGUAGCUUGGCGUUACAGACCUUUUCUGCCCGCGAACUAGAAAGGCGGGAUCGAGCUGCGCGCGACAAGUAACGCGUAUACCAGUGGCAAGGACUUUGUGUGGCGGCUGUCGUUCCUGGGGAGUGGCGGGUCGUUUUAUUUUUGGGGCUUUUGGGCGAGGAGUUUCGUGUUUUUGGCUUUUCAGCGAUAAGUUAUCGCGGGGGAGGAACGGAGGAAGAGGGAAGGCCCAGGAACUCGAGGGCAAAGGCCGAGACAGGCGUGAGGGACCUGCUGCGUUUUUUUGUGAAGUCUCAGACCCGCCGUUCGUUUUUUCCGCAGCAACCGAGAUCUAGGAGAAAAAACGCAGUGGUGGCUCCCGCUCCAGCAGGUAAAGCGGAGCUGAGAGUGCCUUUUCGUCUGGUUGGUCCUCAAAUAAUAGGCCGAAUACGCUGAGCUGGACAAACCAUGAUAGUCGCAAAAACGAGGGGGACGCUGUGUUGCCAGAGUUUCUUGCCUGCGCUGUGACGCCGCGCUUGUCUGGUUCGUUGACCAGCACUCCUUUUAAUUUCAAACCAAGGGAGACGGGUCGCUUUCCGUCCCGUAUCUCCCUUUGUCUAGUCUCUUUUCCCGUCCACACAUCUGUCCUUCCUGGCGCUGCCGUCUCUCUUCGGGAACUCAGUUCCACGCGGCAGGUGUUUCAGGGUCAGCAGGUGACGGACGCGCUCUAAACUCUCCCCAACUGCGCCUGUCGCGCGAAUUUCUUUUUCUUUUUCUCUCCUUUUGGUGUCUCCACGUCCUUCUCUCAGUCCGUCUCCUCUGGGACAGACUCUUUUGUUCGUAAACCAAGUUCUCUCUGCUCGGCGGGAAGGACAGCGAUCUCACAUCUCGGGUGUAUAUCCAGCGCGAUUAUCGCGACUCGAGCAACGACGUGGCAGGAAACGCAGCUCAUUCUGUCCUUUUUGAUAGGCAGGGAGCCCCCUCCGAAAAACAUUUUCGAGCUGAACUGAACGUGGUCUUUCACCGCUAGCUGCUGAGGACCUAGUGUCACCGUUUGAGCGUCCUUGCAGUUCCGUUUUUUCUUCCGAACCGAAGACUGUUUGGCACCACGGCAAAAAAUCCGUCGCUUGCUUUAGUUUGUGCCUGUUCCGUGCUUCACCGUGUCCUCCCAUCCUCAACAUUUGUGGCGUUUGUGUCGCAAAUCCCGUCGUUUUUGGUUGCUGUCACGCGACCAACGCGUUACCGAGGUAGGCUCUCUCUUCUCCACGACAACCUGGCAGUUAGGAGUCUUUUUGACCAGCACACGGUCCGAUCUUUUUUCAGUGACUUCCAACAAAUCAAAGGAAAGUUUGGCGGCUUUCUUCGACGAAGCUCAUUCGUCCGUUUCCACCAUCUGAGUGAACAAUCGGCCGCGAUCGCGAGCUUUGGAACGUCAUUUGGGUCCUUAAUCCGCUACCGGUUCAGCCUAUCUGUGUGUGUCGAAUCUCAUGUUCAAGAAUCUUACGGUUUUUGGAGCGCAUUUGUGGAGGACGCCUCCGGUAGUUCCCUCGCAUUAGCAGUUAGCACGCUCGAACGACAGGGCAACGAACUCCGCGAGGCGGCGUUUCUGUUGAGGUACGUUGUCGCCGUCUGAGUGGGCAGGCAUCUCGUGCGGGAGGACUGAUUCCUACCUGGGUGUUCACUGCGAACAAGACUGUCGGUUCCGAGGACAUGUCGCGUGGCUUUUACUGGAGACCUUCUGACGUCGACGGUCAGGCAUUGUCCCCCCAUCUGAAGAAUCGCGACGCGGCGACGAGGCUUCGCAUAUUCGAAUCUUGUGGGGCGAGUCAGCUUUUGUUUCCGUACAUUUUGUUGAGGGUCGUAUUCGGCAUUUUUGAAACCGUCUCGUCUGUGCGUUCCGUAAUAAUUAUCGCCGGAUUAUUCCUGCGUUCUUGGCGUGGUAUGUACUUGUCUCUGUGCCCCAGUGAACACUUGUGUAUUUCUUCCUUUUUCGAGUAGAAGCUGAACGGAGAGGCACUUCCUGUCUUUUCUCCAUCGAUAUUCUCUUCCCUUCUUCGGCGCUUUUUCUUCAGAGUAGAGCCUCCUUACGUAUCGGGGGACGCCGCGCGUUUCCUUGCGACAGCCUUCGUUUUGGGACAUCUGCUCAGGCGCUCUGACGCACUUCGCGGAUUGUUCUUGCUCUAGUGGUCCGGCGUAUCAUCCCCGGCCGUAACGCGGGGUGCGUGGGGCCAUUUCCGUCGAGCCGCAGCCCGUUCUUCGAGAAUUGAUCUCCCUCGUCUGUGCCUUCCCCGGACUGAGCACGUUCAGCGCUGGACACGCUCCUGGUCUGUGUGGAGGCUGCCGUUUCUCCCGGUUGGCGUUAGUUGAGGUACGGGCAUCUCGGCGGUCUUUUUCGUGUGGUGCGUCUGGCAUCGUCAAUGGAGGAGAAACGCGACAUCGGCUGCGUCCCGACUCGAUUCCAGCCACUCGCCGUACCGUCCUCUGCUCCGCCCCGCGUCGCCUCAUCGGCUCUGUGGCCCACGAGAGAGCAGGACGACCAGCCUUCCACUUUUUCCGUGUUUCCCCCGCGGCUCAGAGCACGCUGCGAACGUGUCCGCGCGAAGACGCCCGACUCUGGAGCAGAGGGGAGCGCGUCUUUUGACCAGGAUUUCUCGUUUCUGUCGUGUCUCAAUCAGUCCUUCACCACGCAGGCGGGACCAGGCCUUCAUCUUCGUGAACCGUAUCCAGAGGGGAAAGACGCUAACUUCAGUCACUCGAAACUUCACAUGCUUCUGGCGACUGAUCAGGACUCGGAAGAAGGACUUGAAGCUUUGAAGAUCGCAGGACCCAAGCGAGCGAGACGGCGUUGCGGCGUCGAAGCCGGGGAGCCUGGGGAUAUCCUUUCUGGGCGAAACACCUCCGCGAGUACGGAACGCUUCAGAUCAGAGCUCCGCCGGCGGUCGAGCCAGCCGACUCCACACCAGGAGGAUAAGCAGAUAACUCGUUUGGAGGAGCGGACCGCGGGGAACACGAGGGAUGUUCACUCGGGGAAAAAACCGGACGGGAACGAGGGAUCAUCUAUUCAGGAAAGCCGAGCAGGAACUCCAAGUAGACGUUCUUGCAAAAACACAGACAGUCCACAGGUACUGAGUGGAAGACAGGAACAGGAACGAGAAACUCAGGAGGAGACGUUUCCUUUGGGGAAACCAACUUUACGCGCGGGCCAAAGUAGACGUGUAGAGAAUCGAAGAGAGGCGCCGGUCAGAAAUCGAGAAACUAGACCGGCAUUUUUUUUGCUGGCAGCAGGUGCCUGGAUCUCUGCCCACUCGCGCGGUGCGCCGACGCCUGCUCCAGGCGGCCGUACACCUAACUUUGCAGCUGCGCCGUUCGCAGUCCCUCUCGUCCUUCCCGCGAUCACUUCUCUGGUUCCUCGUCCCGCACAUCCCGGGUACGCCGGCCCGCUUGCGUUCGCUGCGUUGGAUUUUGAUUCUCUUCCCGUAGCCGGCCUCGUUUCAGAGUCGGCCGCGGCGAGACUUCAGGACGUUGAUCGUUCUCUGCCUUGCCGCCUCUGGGGCCGUUGUCUCCGAGAGCGUUUCUCACCAGGAGGUUCACCGCAUCGCCUACCCCUCCUUCCGCCGUUCUGUGGAGUUCCGGUGGUCCGCCCGCACUCCCGGUUUUUCCCUCGACCUAUCCUUCCGCUUCCGGAACUGCGUCCACUGCAGCGGCGCGUAAGUACACCCCGUCUGUGUACCUGCCGCGCGCCUCUUCGGCCUUUUUGGACAACUUGUCGAACCCCGUUUCCGCUACCCUUUUCACGGAUUCCGCUAGCCCCCAUUUCUCUGGUUUUCUUCUCCAUUCGGGGCCAGAUCUGCAGACACUGCGUGGAACCGCAGGCUGCACAGGCCUCAGUUUCGACCGGACCGGUGACCGUUCUUGUCUCGUGUUGCAUGCCGCCCCGGCAGGGUCACUCCACGGACCGCCCUACGUUACUGGCACGAGACCCGGUGCCAGCUUCUGUAGGGCUUCCAGACCCGGAGCGAAGGAUCCGGGGAGUCUCGGCGUCAAGAGCGACUCCCACAAGUUCUUCGGCUUUCGCGAAUUCGUGGCGGAGUCAUUCGUCGUCUCUCUUCGGGCCUCCAGCCUCCAGGGCACUUCCACGCGUCCGCGAGACGCGAGACCCUCUCUCUCCCUCCGGCUCCCCACCUCUCUUCGCGACGGAGGAAAUCCAGACUUUCACAGCGGCGCGUCCGGAGAGCUUCGGCGCGGCACGCGCUGUCCCCUUUCCGUCGCCGAGAGCGCCUCCUGGCGUGGCGCUAAAUCCGCCUUUUCCCAAUCGGCCCUUCCCCGACAGGCCCUUGCCCGAGCCUCCCGCGACGCCGCUCCCUUCCGGAGCGCAGCCUAGCCGCCCCUGUUCAUUUGCAGCACCUGGGGUCGGCGCAGGUUCCUUCCCUCCCUUUCUGGUAAAAACCCAGCCGUUUCCGGGGGACAGAGGUGCAUCUCCGUGUGUCCGUCCGGGGGACUGGGGAGCUGCGCCGGUCGACAGUGUAGCCUUUUGGGGGGCGAGAGGCCCGCAACCGGCUUGGGGCGUGCCCCCUUUCUGGCCCAGAACCCCCGGGGGCCAGGCACCCUCGCUUCGGUUCGGGCACGCAGGCCCAGAGCACGGAGGUGUCGCUCGGCUGAGGGCCGAGGCAGCUCAGCGCGAUUCCGCGCUGCAGGACGUGAGAGGGAUCACGUGGACUGGAGGCUCAGCGAGCGGCGGCCCUCUGCCGCCUCCGCCCGUGUAUCCUGGCGGCGCCCAACCGAGCUGGACUUUUCCUUCGAAGCCAGGAGGUGUUUCAGCAGAGUUACCGCCUCUUCGGGCGUCGCUGGGGAUCCCGCUCGGUGACGGGCAUGUGGUUCCAGAAACGGCGUUCCCCCCUUCCGUUUGCACCACGCUUGAUUGGCAAAACGAGGCGAGCUUGCGUGUGAACGGAACCGAGGGCUCUGUGACGAAUCUGGGGCUCGUGGCCUCGAGCGCGACCUGCGUCAGAGGGGGAUACCUUGCGCCUCAUUUCCGACUUUGGUAUCUUGCCUUCGAGCGUUUUCUGUGCCUUUCGGACCCCUCUCGGGCCCGGCGGACCCUGGGAAAGACAGCUCUGUGGGGUCACUUGGGAUUGAAAGAGACCCUCCAGCCAGGGGUCUCCGCGCAGGUUGAGCCGUCGACGACCCGCCAGCUUCAACCCGAAGCCCGAGAGACAAGUCUGCAGGACGCAGAACCGCAGAGAAAAAGUGACGCCCAGACACUCCAGAACGAGAAGGAAAGGGAGGUGCUCUCGAGGGAGGACGAAUCACUAGACUCGCAGGGAACCUCGUGCCGCGGAGAAAAACUGCAGCGGAGAGUGCGAGACAGUCAGGCGGGGUGGGGCGGAGAGAGCCAAGAACCCGGGACCCCUAGACAGGCCGCUGGCGAGGCACUAAGCGAGAGGGCGGCUCUCAGGCGGGGCAGAAGUGAGACGCGACGGCGCCGACCCGCGCGGGAGGGACCGGGAGGCAACGCUAGGCGGAGGAGAGCAGCAAGAGGACAGGAUUGUCGUGGUGAGCUAAAAGAACGAGUAGAAGACUCCUCAGAGAGCGAGGGGGUGCCCCGUCGUUUCUUCGGCCCGGGAUUGCCAGGGAACCUGUCACCGCGACCGCCACAGCCUGCGUCCUCUCCGGAGCCACCGCCUCUUCUCUCUCUCCCGUCGCCGCUCUGUGCCUCGGGAAGAUCCAAGAAGGACAAACGCAGGCUCUCGAGUGACAGUGAGACGUCCCAUAGCGACUCGUGGGUACCUUGUGUCGUCGACGGACUAGGCGAAAGACGCAUUUCGUUUCGCGCACCAGAGGCCCACCGGGUCGCCUUCGAUCUCUGCGGGAGACUCGGGAACGGGAUGAUGCAGGUGGCGCAGAACGACCGGCUUUCGACACCAGCGUCUCGUGUUCACUCUCCGCCUGCGAGUGCUCGUCUAAGUUCGUACGGAGGCGGAGGGGCGGUUGCACCUAUUCGCGAUUUCUCUUCCUGCCCUGCACCCCAUCCCGUGGCCGCGCCUCAGCCCCUGCGUGAAGUCAGGCCUCAGGCGCAGCGACCACCUGUCUCCCUUCGGGCCCAAGAGGCGACAAGAGCGCGGUUGUCGGCUGCGCAGUCUGGGUUGGUGCCAGAGAGAGUUCGUGGAAAUUUGGCAACUGGCGUGGAGCCAGGCCGUGACUUACAUGGAAGGGCGCUGACUGGACCCCAGCCGUACGCCACGAGUAUUCCUUUUUACCAUCCCGUCUCCCAAGCAUCAGCGUACGACCCCAAGAACGACACCCGUGCGUACUACGCGACCCUUCAGCGCGUCGGUGCGUCGCCUGCUUCCCUGUCGAAUCUUCAGGGCGCGACCCUUUGUCCCGACGCUUCCUUGUGGCGAGCAGGUCCCGACAGAGGCGGUGUCGAAGUCUGCGGGCCUCGUCCUGGCUUUCGGGGUGCGUUUCCGCAGCACACGCUGCCAGUCCCUCAGGCUUCGACCCUCGCCUCAGCGUCGGCUUCGAGAGGCGUCCCUGUCCCGUCGCCGCGCCGCAGCAGUUUCACGUUGUCUCAGUCUAGAGGGGGGCCUCUGGGGCCGGGCGGAGGAGACGAGGUGCCGACGCAGACCCCCAGGGACUCGUCCCGCUCCUCCGCUGCCCCCGACCACGUCUCAUUUCCCUUGUCUGGCCCUCCCUUGCGAGGCAUGUCCUCCGUUUCGUACGCUGCCGUGCCGAACGGACGGGGCGUCGUCUGCCAGGCGAUGUCUCCAGGUUUAGGAGGCGACGAAAAUCUCGGGACAGAAGGCCCUUCGUCCGGUGUAGUGGAGCGCUUGCCGCCCCCUGGGCCUGGGCGGAGGCGGCCGGCCUCGACGGGGCCCACCCUGGAUCUCCGUUGUGGCAGCGGUCGGCACGGGGCGGUCGUGCCAGGGCUUUGGGUCCGGGGGCGAACGACGAGACAGUCUGGGCGAAGACCAGACCAGCGCGGUGCCGACAGCGGCGCCAGGCCGAGGGACACUCGCCCCGAAAACGGGUCGCGAGCACAGGCACCUAGCGAGGAAGGUGGAAACGAGAGAGAACAAGAAGAGUUGGAGCAGGACGAGAGCGACCGGCUAGAGGGCGACGGCGAGGGGGGUCAAGCGAUGACGGGUGGCCGGAGUGGAGAGAAGAAAGGCCGCUGGUGUAACGAGCACCCGACGGAGGUACCCCGUGCGACACAGAGACGCGCUGGGGAUGUGAAGCGCGACGUCGAGGCCGACGGGGCCGAGGAGUCGAGCGAGAAGACACAUGGCCCCCGACUGAAGGGCCGGUCUGGAAGUUCGGCCGCAGGCCCGGCCUUGAAGCGACAUCGUGUCGCAUCGGAAGCGGUGGAAAAGACACCUGAGGCGAAUAAUGGGGGCACGAGGCACAGGGAUGUCCCUGUGAUUGUGGACGACUCUGACCGUUCGUGUCGCCAGGAGGCGAGACAGCAGCGAGCUGGAGUGCCCUCGCCCCCGGGUCGGGGCGAGUCUGCUGUGCAACUAGGCAGAGGACGCAACAGUCGUCCGAUCCGCGUCUCCGGGUUAGUCGAGCUGGUGGAGCCUGAGAGCGCGGGCUGGGGAGGAGGCGACGGUGGAGGCAGAAAGAGGGACGAAGACCCGAAGAGAGGCGAGCACGAAGGGCUGACCCAGAGGCCCAGACGCCACGGCGAAGCCGGAAAGGGGACACUCGAAGAUCAGAUAGAACACACAGGAUUCCUCAGUUCAAGCCCCACAGGCGCUGGAGGUCUGGAGGCGACCCUUCCGGGGUUCGUGCUCGGAGGUGCCGGCAGGAGACCGAGGGGCACGAGCUCAGAGGGCCCCUACAUUGGCGCAGUGGGUGUUUCUUCCGCGACCCUGGACGGGCGACGGUACGGCGGAGUCGAAUGCGGGGAAGGAACGCCAUCUGCUGGAGACAGUGGCCCACGCGGAGGCGCCAGAGGGGGACCAAAGGGUGGGCCGAUGUCGCUGGUUGCUUUUUCAUUUCUGGCACCCCAGCAGGGCAUGUCGGAACACUUCUGGAAACAGAGUUUCGAAGUCAUCGACCACUGGCGCGCUGCAGACGAAGACGCAGAAGAGGAAAAGAUCUUCACGUUUGCGAGUUCCGUGUCGGUGGGACCCCUCGGGGACUGUGGGGGAGGGGCCGUCUGCUCGGCGUCGCCAGGUGGGUUGUGGGGGACGGGGAGGGCGAGCAGUUGGGGAACGAAGGAAGAAGCCAGUCCAGCUGACGCCUCCCGGUUCCCGGUUUCCUCUCCAGUCUCUGGCUGCGGUGGCUGUUCCUCCUCGACGCUGGCGCACUGCGGAACUCCGGGGACACCCGCGGGCGUAAGUAGCGACCGGAACGGGCUCAGCGCCUCACCCGAGACCGGGAGACCAGGUGUCUCCUCGCCGAGGGCGGUGCCCGUGUCUGCAGCAGGCGCAGAGUCGCUUCGUCCGGCGUUUGGGGCAACGGUGGGUGCUUUGGACGACGAGGAAAAAGGUGUGACUCUGUUAUCGCCUCCGACAGGCGGGACAGUUGGCCCUGGACCGUCGUGUGGGCCAAAGCCUCUGGCCGCCGGGGUUCAAGCGGGAGGCGCGAGGCUGGUGUGUUUGCCUUCGCUUUGCCAUCCAGCUCGAGGCGGCCCCGUCUCGACCCAACAGAUGAUGGCGAAUUCGCUUUCGUUGCUCCCAGCGUUCUCGCCUAGCGCUCUUCAAGCAUGCGGGUUUUCCAUGCCGGGUAUGGGGCCUGCCGGAGUCGGCGCCUUUUCUUUCGCGCGCCCAGGCCAGGGCGUGAACAACGGGACGCAGAUGAUAACGGUGUCUCUUUUCCCCAAGGAGUGGCUGGGACGCAACGGCCGGCUGUGUCGCCGCAGCGGCAUGCUGAAGGGGUGUCUCCGGGCCUUGCGGGAUGUGAAUCUCUUAGAGGAAGACAGCACGCUCUACGUGGAGGCCCCUCUGCUGUUGACUAGGCCGUCGCCGAACGGCGGAGACGGACGGCUCCUCAUUCCGCGCCACACCAUCACACUCAGGAUCGACCAUCCGUUUCCCGCGUUCAUUUCGUGCUCACGACCUUCCAACGGAGACCACAGGGCCUGCCUCCAGAACCGAAUUCCAGGGUGCGUCUGUCCUUCGUGCAGCGCGUACGUGGCCCCACCUGUUUUCGACUCUGCACAAAACAGCUGUGCAAGCUCACUCUCGACCGCCUCGACGUCCACGCAUGGAAGCAGCUCGAGUUCAGCGCGACGCAAUCCCCGAGCCGGGGUCAAGGCCCGAGCACGCGAGGGAGGACCUGACGGACGGGCGGACGCAGGCGAGACGGCGGGAGAAGAAAAGGGCAGGAACGACGCUUCGGGGCGCCGUGCGUCCUUUCCGGACGCUCCGCAGCUGGGUGAUGGGUCCAGUUUGCUGCCGUCCCAGGGACAGGAAGAAGGCAACAGGUCGGGCGCUGAGAGAGAAGAGACAGCCGAGGCGGACGACCGAGAAGGAGGCCCACGCGACUCGCCGGGGGGCCUCGCGACGUCGAAUCCGCGGGAGCCACGGGCGGAGCUGAUGCGCUCAGGAAGCGGCGGCAACCCGACCUCCAGUUUCAACGCCGCAGCGUCUUUCGGGGUUCUCUCUGGAGUCCUGAGCGACGCCUUGGCUGCAGUCGCUUCGGCUUCUCCUUUGCCGUCCCGGGGGGCAAGCGCGGGCUUUCGCCCUGCGGCAUCCUUCCGCACUUGGCAGUCGUCGCCGUUAACUGGGCGCGGGACGACGCCGCCGGCGUCCGGGGCGAGCGACCGUCGGACGUUGGGAUCUAAAGUCGAGAACGAUGUGUCUUCUUCAAGGGCGAGGGCAGGAGACCGUGCAUACGUUGGCAGGGGCCGGACCGGAGAGCCGCCUGGAGGUCCGGUUGCAGGCCACCGAGACAGAACCCUCGAGGCGACGGACAGUUCGAGUGGGUCGACGCCCAGCAGCUACUGCGGGAGCAGUCGGACGACGAGCGCGACGUCAGUUUCAUGCGCCGGAGGAAGUCAGUGCACAGGGUGUACCUCGAAUUCGGAGGCGACACUCGCAAGCUGCAGUGGAGGCUCCGCUCUCAUCCAGGGGCCCUUUCAACAUCACAUUCUCGUGCGGUCGAAGCCUGCGUAUCUGCUGCUAUGGAGGUACGGGGAAAGGGGGACGAGCCAGGACCCAAAACGCAAGUGGUACGUGGUGACUCCGAUGUUCGUCCGAACCAAAUGGUUCGGUAGAUGCUUCGAAUUCUACAGCCGAUUCCAGCAGGGACAGCUCGAGAAACACAAACUUCUCGUCGUCGACGCCCUCAACCGCGUCUCUCCAAAGCGGGACGCCAUCAUUCAGGCUUGGUGUCUAGCUGGCUGCCUAGAGGCCACGCUGAAGGAACUCGGCGUUGACUACCAGGUUCGGGAGGUGACUGAGGGCCCCUGGCAAGGGUUUCCGGAGCCGACAUUGACUGAUGAAGACCAAGUGAUUGAAGGGACUCUACAAUUGGUGACGGACCCGAUCGACGAGUUAGAGACCUCGUACUCCAGUUUGCUUUCCGAGAUCUCUGCGGGGGUGGGAGCCUUGAAUUCCGCGCCGAGCGGAUUCUCUUCCUCGUUCCUGUCUCGUCAGCAUUCGGAAGCACUCCAGAGCAAGACCAACGAUGCGGGGUGUCCUCCAGCGCCCUUGCCCGAAGGUGGGGUGUAUGGGCGGAACGUGGUCUCUUCCUCGCUGUCUCCCCUAGGCGUACUAUCCUCUCCCCUUGCCUCUUCCCUGGGAGCAGGCAGAGUGCAGGGGCGACUGGGAAUCUCUUCUGGAGCGUGUUACGGGCGCGUAAACGGCGGUCCGACUGCGGGUGGCGUCCAGCGCUCUGGACGUACACUGCCGGAGGGGAGCACACCAGAAGACGAGGCGGGAGAGCAGGGUCGGAGGGAGAGAGGAAGCGAGCCGCAAGAUUGUUUAGACAGCCGGGGCGCGAAACGCAGAAGAGAGGAAGAUCCGCGAGGGGACGGUUUAGGGCAGGUUCGGGAGCGAGAGGCAAAGGAAGGCAGAGAUCAACUGGAAGAGAAAGAGAGGACAUUGCACACGAGACUCCUCGCGUCAGGGGGAUGUGCACCUCUCGACUCUGCACAACGCUCACAACCUCUCCACACACAGAGGACUGUCGUCAGGGAGUGAAGGGAGAGAAUGUGGGGCGGCAGAAGGGGAAGGGGAGGUUUGAAAGGAGGAAGAAGAGGAACCGGCAAAUUGUUCGAGUCACCAGGGUGCUGUCGGAGAAGUCGCAACGAAGGGACCGAUAGCAUCUCGCUGAGUCUCGAAAUUUGCAGAACACGCAGCAACAAGAGAGUGUGUGCCUGCACGACUGUAUGCGACAAUGGAGUGGGGUUUUUCGGUGGUUUUUGAGUUUUUGCCUGUUCGGCAUGGACUGAACCUCGUCGACAACUGCAGCGGCGAUCUCGCCUGCGUGCGCGUUGCAGAAUCUGCUGUAUGCUUCAUUUCUAUUUAUUUUUAUACCGAUGUACAACUGCCUGUGUGGAAAGCUCCAUCCAAGUCUAGUAGACCAAGCGCACUGGAUGGGAAGGAACUACAAACGCAUGUGGUGUCGACCUUUCAAGCGUGCUUCCAGUUGAGGAGGACAAGAUUCGAGGCUAUGGCCUCUGUGCAGAACCCGAGGACAGCUAGAGGAAGGGAGUUUGUUCGUGCUGGGUUUCCCUUCUCUUUAGCUUUUCUCUUAAAACUCCGACGCGUCACCUGAUGUAUGAGGCACCGACACGUGCGUAACCCCCCUUUUCGUGACAGGAUAUCGUGGAGUUACAAGCGGUCAUGCUUGUAUGCUUGCAGCUGCAUACAAAAAUGUGGCAGAAUACGUAUAUAUAUAUAUAUAUAUAUAUAUAGGUAAAAGCGGGCGCGUGAGUGUGUAUACUUUUUUAUGUCUUUGUACAUCUGUGCAUGCAAACUUUAUUCACUGGAAACGUAUAAACACACACACAUGUGUGUGCGUCUGCAUAUGUAUUUGUGUAUGAACUGGAGGAAAAACUAGAAAAGGAACAAGGCAUCUUGCCUCUUCUCGGCACUGCCUGACUGAAGCCCAGAAAGGAAAAAGUUUCGUUUCUGGCCAAGUGACCGCGGUGGCAUUUUCUAGAGUCCUUUUCUCUUCGUUCCGCGUCAUUGACCCGCCUGUCGUCUCGUCACAUUCUUGCUGCGUACACAGAAGGGUAAAUAAGGAAAUGCCGAACUGCACUUCUGUAUCCACGAACACGUGCGCGUCUUUUCGUGUGUAUUUUUAUGUACAGAUUUUGGGUCUGUGUGAUGUCUCGGUGUGGGGGGUGUCUGCGUGAGGCCCUGGAGAGUGCGACCGUAUGAGAAAACGCGGCUUUUGUGCGUUCCCAUGAUUCUUGUCGUUGGCCUCUCGUCCUUUUUUACGAGUCUGGAGCUCUAGAAGAGUCCACGGGGCCGUCGGCUAUCAGGAUCAGAGACAGGAGGUCGCGUGGCGCGGAAACAAAUCAAGGAGUUGAAAGUCUGGAGUUUCGUGACUGUUGCACAGACUGGUUCUUGCCUUUGCUUUCGCUGUGAUGGGCGGAUCUUUGACUCAGCGUUCUUUUGGAUUCUCAUGAUGGUUUUCCGUGUUCUGUCCAUCCCCCUGUAUACUACGUGCCCCCAUUUUUUCUCACUCGUCUAUAGUUGUACUUCCACGGUUGCGGGCCCGUGUUUGCGGCCGUGGUCGCCUCUUUCCAUUCUUCGUCUUUUUGGUGCCUUUUCUCCAUAUCGUUUUCCCUCAAGUGCAUCCUUAGCAUCGUCCCUGCUUUCCCCGUUUCUCUCGAGCUGUCACGUUUUUUUUUGGCAAGAGACAACUUUAGGGUUUCGUCUGUAGGGGCAGCAAGACACGGCCAUGACGCGACCGUGAGGGUGUGAAUGCGGGGCUGAGGAAAAUCGAAAGGAGAAAACAGGGAAAGAAAAGCGCAGGUGGGAGACGAGGGGAGAGACGGGAGCCGUAUGUGGUGGAACGGAGAAGACAGAAAUGCUGUUAAUUUCCAGUUCAUCUUUUGUGCCGUCGCAAGAGGAGUGUCAGAUACAGAGGAGCAGAAAGGGGACAGUACGGAAACCCAUUAUGUUUUGAUGUUUCAUGUCCGUUCUUCCGAUAUCCUCGUUUGAAGAACAGCAAACGUUUUUUUCCGAGAGAAAAUGCCUGCCGUCCGAUCAUUAACGCUGUUGCCGUAACAGGCGGUUUCUAUGCGAAGGGUCGUUCCGCAUCUUCCAUGUGGGGCGCGGAAGAAACGAAAAACAUAAGCGACCACACAGUACGUGCUUUAAAAUGCGAUUGCAUGCGAAGAAAAUUGUAUUUCUAUACUCGGCAUAUCUGUAAUGCAUUUGCGCAUAAGAAUACGUAGGAUUAGAAACCUCUACUAUUUGUAACUCAUGCACACGUACUG